AUGAGUGAAGAUAUUUCCAAUAAGGAUAUUAUCACUGUAGAGGAUCAAUCAGAAGAGAAACAAUUAGUUGUUGAAGAGUCUGCACAAGCAUUAGAAACAUCAGAACAACAAAUAGAAGAGUCAGCAACCACUGAACAAACACCAAUAGAAAUUGACGAUGCAGAAAAAGAUACAGAACAUCAAGAGGAUGAGAAGGAGCAACAGCAUCAGUCUGAGCAACAACAAGAAGAUCAACAGUCUGAGCAAGUACAAGAUGUGGGUAAUGAUCUGAUUCAAGAAGAUCCACAUACUUCGUUUUUACAACCACCUGCUUCAGAAAAGCAAUUUACUACUCCAUCGAAAGACUUACCAGCAUUAAAAGACAUUGAACCAAUAACUACACCAAAAACUUUUGCUGUAGCAAAAGAUGCAAUUGAAGAUCAAGAGAACUUACAUGGUGAUGGUGAUACUAACAACAACAACAACCACAACAGCCACGAUGAUUCAACUCCAAUAGUUGCAAGUUCUCCGAUGAAACAUAAUAUUUUGGCAGAUCUCGAAAUGCACAAUGAAGACACAAUUGAUGAAGACUCUUUAAGAGCAAUUUCAGGUUACUUAUCAUUGGAUGAAUCAAGUAUACGUUCCAUUAAUAAUUCAUCUGUACUUCAAGCAUUGGUAUCUAAAUCUGUUGAAUUUCAAAACAUCACUUCGGAAAAUGAAUUUCUUAAAUUGAAAUUAGAACAGAAUGCUCAGUCUAUUGGAAAGCAAUUGGACGAUUUGAAACAAAAAUAUUCUCAGUCUGAUAAUUUAGCAACCACAUUGAAGGACGAAAAGGAAAAAUUGGAAUUAAACUAUAAGCAACAGCAACAAGAGUUUGCCAACUUGAAGGAAGGAAAAGAUAAUAUUGAAAGAGAACUUUUGCAAUUGAAAACUUCAGAAUCAGCGAAAGAUGAAGAGCUUAAUAAAUUGAGAGAUGCCCAGGGACAGUUUGAAAUGGAUUUUGAACAACAAAUCAACCAAUUAUCUAGUACCAAUAUCACACAAAGUAAAAAGUUGAACGAAUUGACAAAGGAGAUUAACGAAACUAGAAACGAUAAAUUUACUUUGCAGUUAGAUUUGACCAAAGCUCAAAACGAAAUUUCGUAUCUCAGGGAUCAAAAAGAAUGGUUUGAGAAUGAGUUGAAGUCAGCCCAAUCUAGAUUUACUGAUUUGAUAAAGAAACAUGAAUCCGAAUACAUUUCUACAACAUCAAAUGUUUCAAACUUUCAAAUCAGAAAUGAAACUCUUGAAAAAUUGAAACAACAACUUGAAUCAACGGUUGAUGAUCUUAAAUCCAAGUUAGAACAAGAAAUCACUAAGUCGUCUAAAACAGAAUCCGAAUUUGAGUUGGAAAAGUCUAGAUUCCUUAAAGAAAUCACUUCAAAGGAAGAAUUGAUUGAAUUGACAAAACUUCAAUCUGAACAACGUGCUUCUAGAAUUGAACAAUUGGAAUCCUACAUCGAAGAAGUAAAAGAUAGUAUGGGGGAAACUAUUGCUUCUCUUGAGUCUCGAUUAUCAGAGGAAACUGAAAAAUUAAUGAAAGUAGAAGAAAAAUUAAGAAGAACAGAAGAGGUGUUAGAUGCUGAAUUACAUAAAGAAACAGACUUACCAAAGUUGAGCGAUUCAUCCGCGAUGAUAGCUGCUAAUGGUAUUUCAUUAUCUACUUUGUACUCAGAAUAUAAUCAUUUGAAGAAGCAGCUAGUGUUAGAAAGAUCUCAAAAGCAAAAGAUGGAAAUUCAAUUGGAAUCAUUUAUUGCUGAAUUGGAUGCCAGAAAGCCAGCAAUUGCUAAUUAUCGUGAACAAAUACAAUUUUAUGAGAAUUCCAUGAAAGAAAUGAUCGGUAAAGUUGAGACCAUCCGUUCAGAAAAAACCGAAGUGGAGAAGGAUGCCAAGAGAUUAAGAACAGUCAUCAAUGAAAAUGAAAUUGAAUUGGUGAGUUUGAAAAAACUUCUAAAAGAUUUAGGACGUCAAUUGUGUUUCUACUUGAUUCAUUCUAAGAUUCGUGACAACAAUGAAAACCCAUUAACUGCUAGUGAAAAGAGAGCUAUUGAAAAAAUUCUUGAUCAAUCAGGUAGAUCUGAUGAACAAGAAUCUGAUUCUGAUAAAUUAAUUACUGAAAGGUUAUUGGAGUUUAAAAAUAUUAUUGAGUUGAGACAAAAGAAUGAAGAGUUGUUGGUUGCUAUAAGAAACUUGUCAAGAAAGUUGGAAUCUCGUGAAGACGAAAAUAACAAUUUGGAAAGUGUUGCCAUCGAAGAAGCUAAAGAGGCUAUACUCACUUUGGAAAGCGAAUUGGAUAGUUUGAAUAUUAAGUUAGAUGCUAUUACUAAAGAAAGAGAUGCUCUUAGAUCCAUUAAUGGUAAAACUGCUACUUCCAAUACCAAUAAUAACUACCUUGUCCAAAUUAAUGAGGAUUUGAAAAAGAAAGUAGAUGACUGUGAAAGCAUUAUUAGUAAACUUAGAGAACAGUCAUCAAAGACAGUUGUUGAUUUAAAUGAAAAAUUGAGAGUAAUCACUGAUCAGAAGAAUGAGUUGUCUUUGAAAGUUUCUGUUUCUGAUAAAUCUGCUGAGUUGGCAAAUUCUAGAUUAUCGAUUGUUCAAAAAUCUUUUGAGGAUUCACGUCAAGAGUUAGAUCAAGUUAGAAAAGAAAUUAAUUUUUGGAAGCAACAAACAAGUAAACUUGAGGCUUCUUUGAUUACUAAAUCUGAACAAUUGCAUCAACUUGAAGAGACGUUAUCAUCCAAUAAAAUUGCUGUAGCAUCAUUAGAACGUGAAAGAGAAUUUAAGAACGUUAUUCAAGACUCCUUGCAAAAUGAAGUCAAUACGUUGAAACAAGACAAAACCAAGCUUAAUGAAUUUGUAUUGAAUUUGCAAUCCAUGUUGAAGGAAAGAGAAGAAUCUGCUAAAGAAAUUUCCUCCAAACUCAAUGCAUCCAUUGAUAAUUACCAAUCAUUACAUAAAAAACUUUCUGAGAAGGAAGAACGUAUUUUCAUUUUAUCAAAUCAAUCAGAGUUAUCAUUGAAAGCACAAAAUGCCAAAUUGGAACAAGUUAAUGAAAUAAGUCGACAAUUAUUGGAAACAAAGAAUAUGCUUGUGGAAAAGGAGAAUUUGGUUGAGGAAUUGAAAAAGAAACUCUCCAGCAAGAGAGAUAUUGUUGUUGCUCCAGUAGCAACCGGUGUACCAGCCGGUGGAUCUACUGCUUCUAAUAACGAAAGUAAUAAUAACAACCUUGAAAUCCAACAAUUGAAAGAGGAUUUGAGAAUUGCUGAAUCUCAAGUAGAUGAAUUGACAAACCUUGCCAAGGCUAGUGAAACAACUUUGAUUAAUGCAACAACUUCAUUUGAGCAGUACAAACAUGAUUCUGAAUCCAAAUACCAAUCAUUGAUUAAAGAGAAGGAGUCCCUUGAAGAAGAAGUUAAGAGAGUUAAUGAGUUGUACCAAACCACAACCAAUAACCUUGAACUUGCCAAGACUGAACACCUUGCUGAAUUAAACAAUUUGAAGCUGCAAUUGAAUGAAUUUAGGUAUAAGUCAGAUCAAUAUGAUGCGUUGGAUAAGGAUUACAAGGAAAAGUUGGAAUCUAUACGUAAAGAUUUACAAGAACAAGUCAAGUUAGCCAAUGAGAGUCAUAACAAAUAUCUGAUUGAAUUAAACAAGAAUGUUACCUUAAGCGAACAAAUUAGUGGUUUGAAAGAUAAGCUUGAAGUAAAAGAGGUCGAAAUUAAAAAUUUGGCGGAAGAAGUCAAGAUUACCAAGAAAUCUGUUGAAGAACAAAAGGAUAAGUUGGCUGUUGAAAAAUCACAAAUUGAAACAGACUUGUCGAUGUCUAAUAAUAAGAUUUCAGAAUUAAAGGAACAAAAUGACUUGUUAUUGAAUCAAUUAGAAUUGACAAAGCAGUCUGUAAAUGGGGGAUCAACUGGAUCUGAGAAUGUUGAUGACCUUAGACAAGUUAUUAAUUAUUUACGUCGUGAAAAAGAUAGUAGUGAUGCUAAGUUAUUAGUUGCCACACAUGAAAACCAAGAAUUGAAGAUUAGAUUGACAAAUGUGGAGAACCAGAUUGCUGCAACUAGUUCUACAUUUAACAACAGUACUAGCGUCAUUAAUUUGGAUGCCAAAGUACAGGAGCAAAAGGAGUUAAGUUCUCAAUUAGAACAAAUGAAUAUCCUUAAAGAAAGUAAUAAUAACUUGAGACAAGAAAAUAGCAAGUUAGUUGAAGAAAUUGGUAAGCUUCAUAGCGAAGUUGAUAAUCUUAGAAAAGAAUUGGAUCCUUUGAAGGCUACCAAUAAUAAAUUGACUACAGAGCUCGAGUUUGCUGAACAAAAAGUCAAGUUAAUUGAAGAAGAAAAUCAAAGAAUCAAGACUUCAGCUACCAGUACUGAUGAGGAAAAAGUUGAGGAAGCAAAGAAAUUGCACGAUUCUGUGCAAAAAAUGCAAGAACAGAUGAGUCGAUUGAAAGAAAAAGCUAACCAAAGAGUUCUUGAAAAACUGGCGAUUAUAACUGAAAAGGAUGCCAAUAUUCAAGAGUUGAACAAGAAAAUUCAAGAAUUGAAUAACAAAAUUGAGGAGUUGGGUAAAUCGACCAAGGUCAGUGAUGAAUCCAAGGAUCAAAUUAACAAAUCAAAAGAACAGAUUGAUGAAUUGAAUAAGAAAUUAACAAGCGUUAGUGAAGAUUUGAAAAAAGUGGUUCAAGAAAAGAAUGACUUGAUAAAGAAAUUAUCAGACUUGGAAUCAAAUUUACGUAAUCAAUUUGAAAAAGAAAAACAAGAACUUUCAAAAACUUUGCAAAGUUCUAAAGGAAGUGAUUCCACUGUGAAUAAAGAUUUACAAGAAAACUAUAAUUCCUUACUUGAUCGAUUUGUACAAGAAAAGAAGCAAUUUGAAUCGGAAUUGGAAACAACAAAGGCAAAGACAAGAGAGGAAGUUGAAAAGAAGUAUGAACUCAAGUUGAAAAUGUUGACACGAAAGGUUGACAAGUAUGAAAAAGCAAUGAAGAAUACAACACCAGCAACGGUACCAGCAAAACCACCUAUCGCUACUGGUACUCCUACAUUAGCCACUCCCGGCCAAGCAUCAUCUGGUCUUGUCACGGCUGCCACCCCUGCUGCAAAAUCAACAUCUGGCUCGCCAAUUUUAGCAGGUAAACCUGUUGCUAGACCAGUUGGACACCCAGGAAAUGAAUCUACGUUAACCGUUCAUAGACCAGGUCCAACCCAUCCAUUCAAUGAAUCUACAUUGACCGUGCAUCGUCCGGCUGUUUCCAAAACUGAGCCUAAAAAAUUUAGUCCAUCUCCAAAUGUUUCAAAUACUGGUGGUAAUGGGCAACAAGAGUCAAGAAAGAGAACCAAUGAAAAUCAACAACAUAGACCACAAGUUAAAAAAGCCAAAGAUUAG